AUGAUGUCCUCAUCCCAGAUGGAGCCUGACACUCAAUAUCUCGUGCCUGGGAAUGAGCCAGCCCGUCAACCCUCUACUGCAGAAAGUCGAGAGGACGUGAAUGAACUCCCGCUCCAGUCAAACAAAUGGAACCGUCCGAGAUCGAACAUCAUUCGCUACGUCCUAGCAGCAUUAGUCAACAACAAACUGCAUAUGGCUUUGGGGCAGCGAGGCGUAGCUUUGAUUGCACCAGCAUGCCACCUCGUUGCCUACAUCAUCAGCUGUACGCAUCCUCCAUACCCCGUGCUAGUCGUGGCGUACAUUUUUGCGGGCAUUGCAAACGGACUUCAUGAGGCUGCAUGGAACACAUACAUCGGCAGUCUCGACAACCCCAAUGAGCUUCUUGGCUUGCUUCAUGGGGUUUACGGCCUUGGUGCGGUGAUUAGUCCGUUAGUGGCUACAAACAUGAUUACGCAGGCGAAAGUUCCCUGGUACUAUUUUUAUUUUUUCAUGGUAGGUUUAUGCUGUUUUAUUCCCAACGAAAUGCUGACUGCUGGGGAGAUCGGUAUAUCUGUCAUUGAAGCUGUGGCAUGCCCGGCUGUUUUCUGGCGAUUUACAGGUGCCGCCUUUCGCGAAUCCCACGAACAAUCUGAUGAGGACUCAGGCGAUAAGGCCAAGAAUGGGCUUCGGGAUGCCCUUUUCACCCGCCCCGCUGCGCGUAUAUCUUGGCUCUGUUCCUUCGUCCUACUGUUUUACGUGGGAGUGGAAGUGACGGUCGGGGGCUGGAUCGUCACAAUAAUGAUGGAAGUGCGUCAUGCAGCACCCUUUCCCAGCGGCAUGACAGCGACUGGAUUCUGGCUAGGGAUCACCGCGGGACGAGUAGUAUUGGGGUUUGUUACAGCGCGACUGGGUGAGAAAUUAGCCACAACUAUCUACACUACUUGUGCAAUAGUGUGUUCCUUGAUUGUAUGGUUGGUUCCCAAUUUCUAUGUCUCUGCGGUGGUGGUGUCCAUCCAGGGUUUCUUCCUCGGUCCACUCUUCCCCUGCGUGGUCGCUGUCAUAACCAAACUUCUGCCCAAGCAUCUUCAUGUGGCGGCGGUUGGCUUCGUGGCUGCCUUUGGAGGUGCUGGCGCAGCAGUCCUUCCAUUCGUGGCUGGAGGAAUUGCACAGGGUACUGGAGUUAAGUCCCUCUUGCCGUUCGUUGUAGGUGUUUCAGGUGGGAUAUUAUUGCUUUGGCUCGGAUUGCCGCGCCAGAGGAAGGGUGGAGCCCAGCAAUAG